UGAACAACGGUCUCUUUCACGCGCUGUACUUUGCAUUUGAUGAUUAUAAUCUCGGAAGGACCGACAUCUACAGCCGUUUCCUAGUCACGUGAUCGACCCACAUCCCAGGCUGUGGAUCUGCAAAAUGGAGGACCGUGAAGCUAAAGAGCCCGAGCAGCUCAGGAAGCUGUUUAUUGGAGGUCUGAGCUUUGAAACCACCGAGGAGAGUUUACGGGCCCAUUUCGAACAAUGGGGAACUCUGACGGACUGCGUUGUGAUGAGGGACCCCAACAGCAAGCGGUCCAGAGGCUUUGGCUUCGUGACGUACGCCGGCGUGGAGGAAGUCGACGAAGCCAUGCAAGCAAGGCCCCAUAAAGUAGACGGCCGGGUGGUAGAACCCAAGAGGGCCGUGUCCAGAGAGGACUCCAACAAACCAGGCGCCCAUCUGACAGUGAAAAAGAUCUUUGUCGGUGGCAUCAAGGAGGACACGGAGGAGUUCCACAUUCGGGAGCAUUUUGAGAAAUAUGGAAAGAUUGAGUGUAUUGACAUCAUGGAGGAACGCUCCACUGGAAAGAAGAGAGGAUUCUGCUUUGUCUCCUUUGAUGACCAUGACACCGUAGACAAGAUUGUUGCCCAGAAAUUCCACACAAUCAACUUCCACAACUGUGAGGUUAGAAAAGCGCUCUCAAAACAGGAAAUGAGUGCCAUGUCCACAACCAGGGGAAGGAGUGGAGGCUCUGGGAACUUCAUGGGUCGAGGAAGUAAUUUCGGGGGGGGUGGAAACUUCGGACGAGAUGACUACGGUGGAGGACGUGGUGGUUACAGUGACGAUUAUGACAAUGGUCCGGGAGGACAUUAUGGCGGAGGACCGAGUUAUGGAGGUGGCCGAGGAGGCUAUGGAGGUGGUGGUCCAGGCUAUGGCAACCACGGAGGUGGAUAUGGUGGCAACUGUGAUGGAGGUUACGGAGGCAAUGAUGGAGGAUACGGCGGAGGUGGGAAUUACAAUGACUUUGGAAAUUAUGGGGGACAACAGUCCGGCAACUAUGGACCCAUGAAGGGAAACAACUUCGGUGGCAGAAACUCGGGUGGCGGAGGACCCUAUGGUGGUGGCUAUGGCUCCGGUGGUGGCGGCGGCGGUGGCGGUGGCUACGGCUCACGGCGAUAUUAAUUAUUUCGUGUUUUGAUGUGGAAAGAGGCAUUCUCUUCUUGCUGAAAAUCUGUAGAGACCUGAUAACAUGGAAGGUUCUGGAUGGGUAAGACUUUUUCAAAAUAUUAUCCAAGGCUGCUCAUGUUGUAAUCUCACAGUGCACACGGUGACCAUACAAGGUGCAGGGGUUCUUUUAAGGAAAGCAAGCGAUAUGACAUCCGGUGUCACUCCACUUUGACCAGAGUCAGCCGGUGACCUCAAACACAACGCCUGGAAUAUCUUGAAAGCCCAAAAGUGUUUACAUACAGGUCAUCUUGAUUACGUUGAUAGUCAUGAAACACUCGGGUAGAAAUGAAACCGUGUUUACACCCAGUGGCAAUUUUAUCAGGCACACAAAUACGAUCUAUUACAACUUUUAAAAAAUAUUUAUUUAUAUAUAUAUAUAUAUAUAUAUAUAUAUAUGUUAUGUUUAUUACUGAGAUAAAUCUUAGUCAACGGUGGUGUUUUAACAGAAAAUAUUAAAAUAAGUUUUCAUUUUUUGUCCUGUGUCACACAAGGGUCAUAUUCCAGUAUCAAAAAUGGACAUUAUCAUCAAUAAGUAUACUUAUUAGUGGCAGAACAGUUGUAUUUAAAUUGCAUUCGCUUUCUCAAGGGUUACAUGACAAAGUGGCCACUUUAUUUACCAAUGCCAAGCUAUCGCUUAUGUAAUACAGUGUUGAUCUGUAGACAAAUAUGGUCCUUAUCGGUCUGCGUAAAUGAGCCGCACUUUACGCAAGUAACUUUCAUAUAGCCUGAAAGCAAAGCCAUAUAAGUAUGAUGCAAGAAGAUGUGUUAUUGUGCAAUUGCAUAAGCUAGUUAAAAUGCAAUGUGAAGCAUCAACAUCUUUCCAAAGAAGGAAAACCAAAUAUAUUUAUGAAAAAUCUACUUCAAAGGCAGUCAUAUGAACUCAUGGAAAAGUCAACAAACUAACGUAAACACUAGUUUGACAAACCGAAUACAACAGAGUUUUUAGUUUGUACUUUGUCCAAGAACUUUAGGCAUAGAUCAUUUAUCAAAAACUAAAAGCUUUUUCCUUAAGUGCUGACAUUUUGUCCAAACCAAGUUAAAUAAUAACCCCAGACUGGAGUCCUGUUCUUUUAAGCAGUGCCAAUUUUAAAUUAAGUAAUUUAACAUAGUACGUUUUAAACAUAACAAAGCUUAAUAAAAGAAAAACAUUUAGAACUUCUUUCUGAUCAUGUCCGUGUCUCAUAGCUGCUUGUCAAAUGACCACGAUGAUCCUCGAGUCCGUCAAUGAUUACCUUCUCUGCCGUAUUGUAUUUUAAAGUGUUCAUACGCUCUGUUAAGACUGGGACUCCAUCAGGAAGAGGGAGGAAGCUGUGCCUGUUAUGUUUCAGCCUGUUACAUCAGUCGAAGGGUAGGGUUUCUGCAGAGGAAUGUCUAAGGACCACCUCAAUCCCACAGAACCGAGCUGCGUCCAACCACGUAACCUAAACAAUAACGUGUGUGUGUGUGUCAAGUGCUUCUCCUUCUCUUAAAUAAAUAUAUUUUCCACGA